AUGGCUCCACAGCAGACAGUAGUAGCAGAAACACCACCAUGUCCUUCUGCCGGGCCGAAGGUCCAUGUGGUACUAACGCCAAGCUGCCAUUCUUUUGUCCGAGAGAUCAGCUGCCAUUUGGAGACCCUAAGGGCUAGCGAUAAUGCCACUGGAAGAUGGUGGAGCUUUGGAUUCGAGGUGUCGGCCUCCUCCAAGACCUGUGGCCGAAGACAGGGGGACUUAUGGCGCUACAAGCUUCUCCUUUAUCAGCACUGGGGCACUCAGCAACCACUACCUCGCCUGUUGAACAAGAGUUGGGAUAAAGAUCCUGCUGUGGAGAUUGACUCUGGCCACCAAAUCUUGGUGAGCCCUUCCUGUACCAAGAGCAACAAGAUCCUGCCUCAGUGUCCUGAGCCUUCACAUCCAAUCUAUACACCAGAGACACAUUUUUCUCUUCAUUAUACUUUUGUUUAG